CGUACACACCGUCUGCAGCUCCCGGCUCGCAGUCACAGACACUUGAGCACACGCGUACACCCAGACAUCUUCUUCGGGCUGCUAUUGGAUUGACUUUGAAGAUUCUGUGUGGGUCGCCGCCGCCGUGACUGCAGGUUUGAAUCAGGUGGAGAAGCGCUUCGAGGCUGGACGAAGUAAAGAUUAUUGUUGGUUUUUUUUUUGUUUGUUUGUUUUUGUUUUUUUUUUUUUCCUCUCCCUCUCUCUUAAGAAAGGAAAAAACAUAUUUAUCCCAAGGACUUAUCUGGUCGGGUCUUCCUUCAUCAGGAACGAAUGCAGGAAUUUGGGAACUGAGCUGAGCAAGUGCUGAAGAAGGAAACUUGUUUGAAGGAAACAGAAGAGAGAAAGAAAAGGAAGUAAAAAAUACAUAAUUUCAGGGACGAGAGAGAGAAGAAAAACGGGGACUAUGGGGAGAAAAAAGAUUCAGAUCACGAGGAUUAUGGAUGAACGUAACAGACAGGUGACGUUCACCAAGCGGAAGUUCGGGCUGAUGAAGAAGGCGUACGAGCUGAGCGUGCUGUGCGACUGUGAGAUCGCGCUCAUCAUCUUCAACAGCACCAACAAGCUCUUCCAGUACGCCAGCACCGACAUGGACAAGGUGCUGCUCAAGUACACGGAGUACAACGAGCCGCACGAGAGCCGCACCAACUCGGACAUCGUGGAGACAUUGAGAAAGAAAGGCCUUAAUGGCUGUGACAGCCCAGAUCCCGACGCUGACGACUCGGUGGGUCACAGCCCGGAGUCUGAGGACAAGUACAGGAAAAUUAACGAAGAUAUUGACCUAAUGAUCAGCAGACAGAGAUUGUGUGCUGUUCCACCUCCCAACUUUGAGAUGCCAGUCUCCAUCCCAGUAUCUAGCCACAACAGUCUGGUGUACAGCAACCCUGUCAGCUCACUGGGAAACCCCAACCUUCUGCCACUGGCCCACCCUUCUCUGCAGAGGAAUAGUAUGUCUCCAGGUGUAACACAUCGACCUCCAAGUGCAGGUAACACAGGUGGUCUGAUGGGUGGAGACCUCACAUCCGGUGCAGGCACCAGCGCAGGGACUAUUUGGAGAGAGACGAACCAUGGCCGGAUGCAAGAAAGAGUGGUAGGAGGGAAUGGGUACGGCAAUCCCAGAAACUCACCAGGUCUGCUGGUCUCACCUGGUAACUUGAAUAAGAAUAUGCAAGCAAAAUCUCCUCCCCCCAUGAACCUAGGGAUGAAUAACCGUAAGCCAGACCUCCGAGUUCUCAUCCCACCUGGAAGCAAGAACACAAUGCCAUCAGUGUCUGAGGAUGUCGACCUGCUUUUGAAUCAAAGGAUAAAUAACUCCCAGUCUGCUCAGUCAUUGGCUACCCCAGUGGUUUCCGUAGCAACUCCUACUUUACCAGGACAAGGAAUGGGAGGAUAUCCUUCGGCCAUUUCAACAACUUAUGGUACCGAAUAUUCUCUGAGCAGUGCAGACCUGUCAUCUCUGUCCGGGUUCAACACCGCCAGCGCGCUUCACCUCGGUUCCGUCACUGGUUGGCAACAGCAACACCUACAUAACAUGCCACCAUCCGCCCUCAGUCAGUUGGGAGCUUGCACUAGCACUCACUUAUCCCAGAGUUCAAAUCUCUCCCUGCCUUCUACUCAAAGCCUCAACAUCAAGUCAGAACCUGUUUCUCCUCCUAGAGACCGUACCACCACCCCUUCGAGAUACCCAGCACACACGCGCCACGAGGCGGGGCGGUCUCCUGUUGACAGCUUGAGCAGCUGCAGCAGUUCGUACGACGGCAGCGACCGCGAGGAUCACCGGAACGAAUUCCACUCCCCCAUUGGACUCACCAGACCUUCGCCGGACGAAAGGGAAAGCCCCUCCGUCAAGCGCAUGCGACUUUCUGAAGGAUGGGCAACAUGAUCACGUUAUUACUUAAUAGUUUUUGUUUUUUUUUUUUUUUUUUUUUUCCUUGCAGUGUGUGUGUGUGCUAUACCUUUAAUGGGGAAGGGGGGUCGAUAUGCAUUAUAUGUGCCGUGUGUGGAAAAAAAAAAAAAAAAAGUCAGGUACUCUGUUUUGUAAAAGUACUUUUAAAUUGCCUCAGUGAUACAGUAUAAAGAUAAACAGAAAUGCUGAGAUAAGCUUAGCACUUGAGUUGUACAACACAACACUUGUACAAAAUAGAUUUUAAGGCUAACUUCCUUUCACUGUUGUGCUCCUUUGCAAAAUGUAUGUUACAAUAGAUAGUGUCAUGUUGCAGGUUCAACGUUAUUUACAUGUAAAUAGACAAAAGGAAACAUUUGCCAAAAGCGGCAGAUCUUUACUGAAAGAGAGAGCAGCUGUUAUGCAACAUAUAGAAAAAAAAAAAAAAAGUAUAGAAGUUUGGACAGACCCGCCAAGGGGUGGCCAUUGGUAAAUGUUAGGAACAUGCCUGGUCACCUAUCAUCCAAACUCGCUCACAAACCUGCAGGCCUAUCAUUGGUGUAUGGCACUCAUUAAAAAGGAUUUAAAGACCAUUAAAAGAGGACCAUACCUAUUUAAAAAAAAAACAAAGUGUGGAGUUUGAGAGCUAACGUAUUUAAUUAAAUAAAUAAAUCUGGGUCUGCAUCUCUUAUUAAAUAAAAAAUAUAAAAAUAUGUACAUUACAUUUUGCUUAUUUUCAUAUAAAAGGUAAGACAGAGUUUGCAAAGCAUUUGUGGCUUUUUGUAGUUUACUUAAGCCAAAAUGUGUUUUCCCCCCUUGAUAGCUUCGCUAAUAUUUUAAACAGUCCUGUAAAAAAAACCAAAAAGGACUUUUUGUAUAGAAAGCACUACCCUAAGCCAUGAAGAACGUCACGCUUUGCUAACAAGAUAACUGUUUUCUCUUUGUAGAAGUUUUGUUUUUGAAAUGUGUAUUUCUAAUUAUAUAAAAUAUUAAGAAUCUUUUAAAAAAAUCUGUGAAAUUAACAUGCUUGUGUAUAGCUUUCUAAUAUAUAUAAUAUUAUGGUAAUAGCAGAAGUUUUGUUAUCUUAACAGUGGGAGGGGGGAGACUUGUGCGGUUGCACAUUCGAGUAACUAUUUUCUUUCUGAUUUCUUUUACUCUGCAUACAUUUUAUAAGUUCAUGGUCAGCUGUUAAAAGGAUAACCUGUGGGGUUAGAACAUAUCACAUUUGCAAUGCCCUAAAUUGUUUUUAAAGCAUCAGCAACCUAUUGGGUCAACUGACAUCCAGUGUAUAUACUAAUUAGUUUCUUUCAAAUUAUUUUUUGAUUUUGUUUUGCAUUUUUAUCAAAUGCAGGGCCCCUUUCUGACCUCACCAUUUCACCAUGCAUCUUGGAAUUCAGUAAGUGCAUAUCCUAACUUGCCCAUAUUCUAAAUUACAUGGUUGGUUUUCAGCCUAGAAUUUGAUAUGUUUCUUAGAAAUAUACCUAGAAUAAGAAGCUGUGUUUGGGGCACAUGCCCUGAAAAUAUGGCCCUAUAGGCAAAUGAAUUGAGUUUUUGUGGUGAAUAAGUUAUAAUUCUUACAGAAGAAAAAUGUGAAAAGACGGGGUGCUAGAAAAGAAGGAAGAGGAUAAAGGGAUAGUUACUUGUCACCCUUUUGAAUUAUUUUAACUGACCCUUAACAAUCUUGUCAGCAGCAUAGGACUGUCAAAUAACCUGGUGUGUCAGGACCCCCAAAUGUCACUUCUGCAUAAAGCAUGUAUGUCAUCUAUUUUUUCUUCAAUAAAGAGAUUUAAUAGCCAUUUCAAGAAAUCCCAUUAAAGGACCUCUCUAUGUCCCUUUUUUAAAAUUUUUUUAACUAUAACUCUUGUCUAGUAUUUGUCUAUAAGGGAUAAUUUUCAGACCCUUUAAAAGUGAGUGCCAUAAAAAGUCAAUAAAUAGUAUUUAAGAGAUAUUUCAUCUAGGAAUGAUUUCCUUCUCUUGGAAUGUGAAGAUCUGUCGAUCCAUCUUCAAUCAUAAGCAUUAACAUUCACAGAAAAGAACAUAGUAAUUCAUUUCUGCUAGGUCAUGUAUAGGACAUUGAUUAUCCAGGUUUUUUUUUUUUUUUCUUUUACCUGAAUAGUUGCUAUGUCUUUCUCAUUGUAAAAGGCUGCCGCUGGGUGGCAGAAGCCAAAAGACCUUAUUAAUGAGGCUAUAUUUUUCUUAACUUGAUCUGCAAUCCAUAAUUAGACCACAAUGCACCUUUGGUUGUGUCCAUAGAGGAUGCUAGCUAGCCUGCCUUGUAGUAAUAUUUUAUAUACUGAAAACAGGAUUUAUCCACAAUUUCAUAUAUGUCCCACUACUAAAGGUAUCCUUGAAACAUGAAAGAAAAGCAUUUAUGCAGAGAAAGAACUGGAACAUCAUCCCUAAAAAUAUGCCUACUCAUAUAUCUGCAUGCAUGUGCCCACGUGUACACACACCAAUAAAUAAAUCAUUUUCUCACCACAGACUUGAUCCCAUUCUGACAAUUCAUCCUUAUAGCCUGAUGUCUAUAAAAUAUGCAAACAUGUCACAAAAGUUGUCAUUUCAAAACACUUUUUUUUCUAUUACUAUCAAUAGAAUUUUACCAAUGGGUGGGAAAGGGUCAUUGUAUGAAAAUAUGAAGAAAUAGCCAUAUGAAUUUUGUACCUGCAGUUUGCCUCAGCAACAAAGAAAAUGUGACUUUCUAACGCUGAAGAUGAAGUGAGCUAAAGUGCCGGCAGAAGCCUUGGCCAUUUAUAGCAUUUCUGACAAUAGUUUUCUAAGAACCUGAAGAGAGCAGGAUCACUCGGAAACGGAUGCCAGUCAUCUCUUGUUCCCACGACUGAGUUCAUGCAAAGUGGUGGCAGAUAGCGAAGGGGUAAUCAGAGAAAAUUUUUUAGAUGAUUUAAAUGAGAAGCACAAUUUUGAUGUGAGCAGUCACUUUCUGUAAACAGUCACUGUCUAUUUACCCUCAUGUCUUUUCUGUAAUUUACCAUUUAUUGUAUUUGCAAAGCUAGUAUGAUUUUAAUCACAGUAAAUCCUUUGUAUCCAGGAGUUUACAGCAAGCUCUGAGGGAUUGCUAUUUUACACUACCUGUCCCAGAGUAAUAUUUUACACAACAUUCUUCAUUGCAAGUAAAAGAACCAUAAGUGGCAUUUUACACCAUGGCAAGGAUUGUUGUACCUAAUCCUACUUUGAAAGAUUUUUGGUAAUACUGAGCUGAAAUACUGGAGACAGUGGUGCGGUGUCUGUGAGCUGCACAACCUCUAUAUUGUACACAUGGACGGGUGGAGACUGUUCAUUUCAACCUUUUUAAAAUUGUGUUUUUUAGUAAGAUGGCUUAUUUUUCCCAAAGGUGGAAUUUAAUGUUUUGUAAUGAUGAAUAUGAAAAUACCUGUUAUCUUUAGAUCACUGAAAGGUUAACUAAAGUGAGAAUCUGAAACGCAAUCCCAAUACACUCUUGACAAGAAUGUCCGCCCUCUCACACUUCUUUGUAUUUGUUUUACUACAUACCCAUCUUCUAACUUAGAGAUAGCAGAUUUGCUCCCUUGAUCCCUUUUGUUUGUUUUUCCAGAGAGCAAAUGCUUUGUAUUUCUUGCAUUUAAAAGAUUUUUUUUUAAAGAAGAAGCCACUUGAACUCUCAAUAAAGGCUGUUGCCUAAGCAUGGCAUACUUCAUCUGUUCUCGUCUCUGCCAUCUGCUGUGGUGUCCUCACUUGUGUGGCAUUAAUUUCCUGCCACUGCAGAUCUUUUGAAGAUUGCUUGAGUCCUGGUGUCUGUUAGGAUGCUUCCAGCUACAGAUGUAACUAGCGGCUUUUCUUCAUCUGUUUUAACCAAAGAUGUGAAGCAGUCCAGGCCACAUACCUACAACAUUAAAUUCGUCCAUCUUGGUUAUUUUCAUAAUCGGGUAUUGCAUUUGCCUUCCCUGUUCAUACCUCAAAUUAAUUCAUACCUCAGUUGAGUUCAGAGAGGUCAGCUAAGUGACAGAUUCUGUUGUGGUCUGGAUGCAAGAUCAAUGUACUCUUGGAGCAGACAGACCCGGAGCACUGUGGGCAUAGGACUUGGAUUGCUUCAGAUGGUUUGCUGUAUCGUUUUCCUUCUUUUCUUCUCUUAUUUUUUCUUUUCUGGGACUUGUUUCCAUUAAAUGACAAUAAUUAAAAAUAGCUUGUAAAUGAGGGCAUACAAGCAUUUGCAACAAGUAUUCAAAUAGAGGCUCACAGCGGCAUAAGCUGGACUUUGUCGCCACUAGAUGACAAGAUGUUAUACCUAAGUUCAACCACAUCUGUGUAUCUCAAGGGACUUAAUUCAGCUGUCUGUAGUGAAAUAAAGUGGGAAAUUUUCAAAAGUUUCUCCUGCUGGAAAUAAGGUAUAAUUUGUAUUUUGCAGACAAUUCAGUAAAGUUACUGGCUUUCUUAGUGA